AAUAUAAACCAUCAUCUUAUCGUCAGAAGUAUAUUUCUAUAUGCAUAUGCUACACUAUGAAAUACGGUAAACAAUUUGAGCAAUUAAAUGAGGAAUUCCCAGAGGAAUGGCAAGAGAAAAGCAUCGAGUAUAAGCACCUUAAGAAGCUUCUUACUGAUGUAGUAGAGGAGUUAAAUACUAUCGGAUUAAAUAAGGCGAAAUUGCUUGAUCUAUUACUCAGUAGAUCGGAAGAUACCCACAUUGAGUAUGUUCUUAACGGACCAUUGAAUCAGCCACAACCCCAACUCAUCGUACAAUUCAACGAUGACAAUAGCAAGAGAGAAUGGUUGAGCUUAUUCAACCUACAAAAUAACUCAUCGGGACUGAGUGAAGUAUCUGCAAGUACCUCAAAUAAAGAUAUGGAGAAGCAACAAUCUGAUGCUGUCGAGGAAAUAUACACAGAGGGCACAGAUCCUAAUAACAAAGAAAUUCAUAUAAAUCUUAAUGCGGAUGCUAAGUUCUUGGGUGCAUUAACCGCUGCGUUCGAUAAAUUGGAAGCCUUACAACUGGUCGAAAAGAAGAAGUUUGCUAAGCAAGUUGAAACUCUUUGUAAUGCUAUUACAGGUGUUACAGGUCCUGGUGCAGUUUCACAUUCAGCUUUCAGCUUACACAGGAAGAAGACCAACGAUUUAUAUGCUUGGAGAGAGAUAUUCACACUUUGGGUCGAGUCUGCAAUCUAUGAGGGUAUAACUGAAUCAAAUCGCGGUGAAAGAGAUGUUGAAAGUGCAGAAAAACGUCUCAAUGCGUUUGCUGCUGAAGUUGUCAAGAGAGGUUUGGGCGAUAGUAGAACGAUGAAAUCGAAGCAAUCUAGAGACGCUUUAGACCAAUUCUUAGAACUCAAUAUGGCUUUAUUAGACAUUAAAAAGUUUUAUACAGCAAAUCUUGAAGCAGCGCGUAAAAUUCUUAAAAAGCAUAUGAAAAUGACGGCUCUACCAACGGACGCGUUUUAUUCCUUCGCAGGUGUAGAAGGAAGCGCAUUACAGACAGCCACUAGUUCACAAAAUUCUAAUUUUGGCUGGACAUUUUACACUAUUAGUUUACCAAGAGUACUUUUAUCGCGGUUAACGGAAACACUGAUACCAAUAAUUCCAUCUAUAGACGAUUAUAAUUGCUUGAUAUGUCAAGAAAUAGCUUUCAAGCCAAUACGCCUUAGCUGCUCGCACAUAUUCUGUGUUAGAUGCCUUGUCAAAAUGCAAAAGCGUGGUCAAAAAGAUUGCCCACUGUGUAGGGCACCCGUCGUGUUAGCCGCGAAUAGAGAUAACCUAGACCAAGCUUUAGUUGGCUAUAUGGAACUUUGGUUCCCAAAGGAAGUCCGCAAGAAAUCGAAAGCGAACGACAAAGAAGCGCAAAAAGAACAUUACCAGGAGACCGGAAUUGAUGAAAUUAGUUGUACUAUUAUGUGAUUUUUUAUAGAUUUUGUUGUAUCUCUCGUAAUU